CCUAGCACUGCCACGAAUAUCGGGUCUCUGGACAACACGUCACACCCCUUCCGUUUCUAUUGAUCCUUCGACGAUUCCACCGGAAACUUGGAGAUUACCCAAUACGGAAUAAAGAAGUUUCAUUUCUGGUCGCCGUCGGUGGGAUUUCCUCGUAUAAUAUAUAUAUGAAUAUAAAUUGACGAAUCAAUCAGAAAAUCAGAAUGGAUCACUAUAAGGUGCUGGGUCUGAGUCGAACAGCGAACAAAGAAGAAAUCAAGGAGGCAUUCAGAAAAUUGGCAAUGGAAUUCCACCCAGACAAACACGCUCAAUCGCCCAAGUCCGUCAGAGACGGUGCCACCCGCCGAUUCAAGCAGGUCUCUGAGGCUUACGAGGUUCUCAUCGACGACCGCAAGCGCGCCGACUACAAUCUGCGACGCAACAGCGGUGGUGGAAGAUCUGCCACUGCCAGUGGUGGUGGUGGUUAUAGGGGAUAUGGUUAUGGUUAUUACAAUAAUAGACACAAUCAUACUUACGGAAAAUCUGCUAGUGGGUUUGCUUCGGAUGGCGGCAUUUCCAAGUUUGAGAUUGUUCUUCGCUUCCUUUCCACCCGUGUUUUUCUUCUUAACGCCGCCUUUGCUUGUGCUUUAUUAGGUGGAUCAGUUAUCAUCGAUCCCAGCAGGGAGGCACUAUGGAAGAUGCGCAAUCCUGGGAAAUCAUUUGAAGAUGCAAUGAAGUCUGUAGAGAAGGCCAAAGCACUCAAAGAUGAGAUAUAAAGGGGGCUAUUUUAUGUUUCCCUAGUUUGGCUUCUGACCAACUUCACUUCAAAGCUUGAAGCAUCUCAUAUGGUAAAGUAGCAGCAACUAAUUACACAGGCAUGAUCAAGAAACAUUUUUGCCCAAGUAAGUUAGAAGCUCAACCAAUAUUCUUUUUCAUUUCUGAUAUUUAUAUGUAUUAUGUGUGUGUGCAUAUAUAUUGACAUAUUGAUUGUCUGCUUUAUGUUAUAAGAUUGUCAUAUUGAAUGAUCAAUGCAAGGAUAUAAACUUAAAUGUAAAUAUAACCUUGAUAAGUAUAUCCGUAUGAAUCAUAAUGUUUCCAUUAGAAUUUUUGUAUGUUUCAAAA